AUGUCUUCAUCAGACUCUGAUGCAUUGUCGUCAGCCUACAACUCCAAUAAAUGUGCAUCUUCAUCAAACUCUGACGCGACGUUGCCAACUUCCAACUCUGAGAAGUGUACAUCUUCAUCAAGCUCUAACGUGUCGAAAAAACACGUCUCAACUGAUGAUAUCCUCGAUAAUCUUACUACCACUGGCAGGCAGAAGAAAAUAAAGUUGAGCAACGCAUUAUCAGAAUAUCGCACGGCUGGGCGCAAAGCGGUCCUAACAUUGAAUCCAUUUGCCAAUGUGUCACUUGCAUUUCACUAUGGGAUGAUGCUUGACAAGGGAGGCGUCUCCAAUUCAAACAUUAUUAACCUGAUCUGCUCGUAA